AUGUCCGCGAACGAACCCUACCGUUCGGAUCUCCGAGGGGAGGAUGACCGAUCCGCCUCUCAGCAGCUCGAAGGCCCAACAUCCCCUCCGACGAAUUUGCUGGAUGCAAACGAGGAUCGCUUCGUCGACAGCUCUCACAAAACCGAGAUGACCUCAAAGUCGCACACCGAGCCGCACGCGCCCGUAGCGGGAGUCUCCGCGUCUGCUGAUACGGUUGAGGCUCCUACGCUUCCAGAGUCAGCUGCACAAUCACAAACAGAUCGGCUUGCUGGACAGGUCGACACACUGUCACUGUCCGCCACUGGCCCGCAGGCUGAGUCGGUCGCGUCGGAUAGCAUCGCUUCACCUCCCCCUCCUCCAGAGAAAGACGAGUCGCUUUUCACUGCACACCCAACGGCCCCGGCCAUCACGCCGCAACCCAGUGCGCCCAACUCUGGUCCAGGUUCCGAAAAGGAGCUCCCAGAAAUCCCCAGCGAAGAUGACGCCGGUAGCAACGAAGAGGAUCAAAAUAAAGACGCACAGGAUGAUAGCGAGUCCCAACCCGAAAUCCAGAACAUCAUGGACCAGUUUCAGGAUCCCUCGCGAAUUACUGGUCAGCAAGAGAUCAUGUCUCCGCGACUUGAAAAGACGGAGCAGUUCCGUUCGUCCCAAUAUUUCCCACCACGCAGGUCGAGCCUCGAACCAGCGCAAGCGUCCGCAUCUGGAUCCUCGGGGUCAAAUGUAUCGCAAGGGAGCCCGAGUAUGACGAGCCAUAGACAGUCCAUCGGCCCUGAUGAGCUGACUUUGACGCGACAAUCUUCGGCCUCUACUGUGCCACCUCCGCCCGAGCCUGAAUCCGAUCAGCCAUUUGACUUCCAUAGAUUCCUGGAGCAGCUUCGUCACCGCACUGCUGAUCCUGUGGCCAAGUUUCUACGCUCAUUUUUGACAGAGUUCGCAAAGAAACAAUGGAUGGCCCACGAGCAAGUCAAAAUUAUCAGCGAUUUCUUGGCCUUUAUCACGAACAAGAUGGCUUUGUGCGAAGUGUGGCGUGAUGUAUCGGAUGCGGAAUUUGAUAAUGCGAAAGAAGGCAUGGAGAAGCUAGUCAUGAACCGUCUUUACUCGCAGACUUUCUCACCAGCCAUCCCCGGUCCGCCAUCGAUUCCUCGAAGUGUCAGCCGCAGCCGGAGGCGUGAGAUUGAGAGGCUCCAUGGACCCUGGCGACGAGGUCAGCAUCAAGAAGAUGUUGAGCGGGACGACAUUCUCGCGCAAAAGAUCCGAAUCUACAGUUGGGUCAAAGAAGAACAUCUGGACAUUGCCCCAGUGAGUGGAAAUGGGCGACGCUUUUUGACAUUAGCUCAACAAGAGCUGUUAAAGAUAAAUGGAUACCGAGCUCCUCGAGACAAAGUGAUCUGCAUUUUGAAUUGCUGCAAGGUUAUUUUCGGUCUUUUGAGAAACAGCAGAAAGGGCGACACCUCUGCGGAUUCGUUCAUCCCGUUACUGAUUUACGUGGUCUUGCACGCCAAUCCCGGGAAUCUUGUCUCCAAUAUCCAGUAUAUUCUUCGUUUCCGUAAUCAAGACAAGCUAGGGGGAGAGGCUGGGUACUAUUUGUCUUCGUUGUCCGGGGCCAUUCAAUUCAUCGAGACGCUCGAUCGAACAACGCUCACGGUCAGCGAUGAGGAGUUUGAGAGUAACGUGGAAGCAGCCGUCUCUGCCAUUGCUGAACAAAAUCGUGAACACGAAUCACUGGCCAAUAAGCCAGCUGCUAAGUCCACAUCGUCCAGCGGCCCAUCGGCGCCGAGCUCAGGGUCUGGUCGGAGAGACACUCCCCAAUCUAGUGAUGAUGACACAUCUGCUCCUGUUGCGGGGCUACUUCGCAGUAUUCAAAAACCUCUGUCCACUAUCGGUCGGAUCUUCUCCGACGACGGAGACUCCAGUCAGCCUGCGUCUUCGGACCGUUCUCUUCAACCUGCUCUGACCCCUCAACCCGGGGUUGUUCCUCCGCGCCUUACCCCGAACGUCUACCAGCCUCCCCGUGCGAGCAGCGAGGGGCGCCGCUCUGCCGAUGAACGUUCUGUGCCUCCAAAUGAGAAGCCUGGUGCAGCUCAGAGGACAUUGAGCCGCGUGCUCGACGCUCAAGACGCUGCCGCUCGCCAGGCCAGUGCUGAAGAAGCCGAGGCCCAACGGAUCCAGCGUGCCGAACAUAGUAAUGUCGUCGAAGCGCUGUCGAACAUGUUUCCCAAUCUGGAUCGGGACAUCAUUGAUGAUGUGGUCAAGCAGAAAGAGGGAAGAAUCGGUCUCGCUGUUGACGCAUGUCUCGCGCUUAGUGCCGAAUGA